AUGGCGCCCUCAGGGAGGCGUCGAGUGGCUACACAACCCACACCUAUGGACGAUGAAUCCGUCUGGGAUCCGUACACGCUACCGGAUCCUCAGGACGAGGAAGUCUGGGAUCCGAAUAUCGACUGGGAGGUCGACCGUGCCGUAGGCAUGGAGAUAUCUAGCGAUGGAACUAAACAGUAUGCACUCUCUUUCAGCUUUGGGCGACAUCGGCUAAGCAUGCUGCCACACUGUAGCUACGAGGUGCGUUGGGGCGGUCAGUGGCAUCGGGAAGAUGGCUCGAAUACAACCUGGGUCAGCUCGAAGGACAAGCGCAACGAUGUCAUGGAGACCAAUCUCCCUGAUAAGUUGGAGCGUACUCUCGAGGCCGCUGCGAAGAAAAAAGCCAAAGCGUCAGAUUCCGUGGAAGUGGAGACUAUCAUGACCGCAUGGCCACAUGACUGGGAUACAGCGGCUCGUGCCGAAGCCUGGGAUGAGAAACUAGAAAGACACCAGCGGCAACACGCUGAGGAGUUCGAUGAGAAGGACCACCUCAUUCUGGAUUGGACUACAGAUAUCAUUGACCUACACGACACUAGUCCGAGCCCUGCACCUCACAGCGCUCUUCAGCGCCUCUCCUAUAUACGAUCCGAGUCGCGUACCUUGUCCGAUGCCGGUACACCUGCAACGCGCAUGUCUUCACCGCGAUCGUCCAGAGUGCCGUUACCCCGCCUCGCUAGACGAAGGUCCGUCUCUCUUCAUAGUGAAUCUAAUGCUUCCACUUUGCGCCCUGAAUCGACUGGUCGUCGGCAUGUACGCUCCCUAUCCCCGGACGACAUGGAAAUGGAUGAUGCGCCAGCAAGUCCGGCAUCAGAAGGUCUGGAGCUCUCGCUCAAAACGCUGGAAACCCGAUGGUCAAAUGCCGCCCAGACUGCGCAUGCCGAGGGGCUUGCUCUGGUAAACGAUGUCGAUGAUGAGCUUCCCGGGAUCCCGCAUGAUUUCCAAUGGGUUGAGAAUGCCUAUCUCUUCCUGCCUGGUCGCGAGCCUGUGCCAACUUAUGCCAUUCAUUGUCGUACUUGCAACGAGUGUGAAGCGGGAGACUCCUGCAACUGCAUCGAAGCUGUAGAGGAUGUAGAGCUUGCUGAAGGUGCUUACGCCGAUAAGUACACUCUCCGCGAGCCCUUGUUGGACCGCGAAUCCGGUUUCGUCGUUCGUGAAUGUAACAUCGCGUGCGGCUGUGGCGAGAAGUGCCUAAACAAGGUCUCGCAAGCGCCUCGUAAUUGGACCCUGGACAUCUUCAAAACAGAUGACAAGCGUGGCUGGGGUGUUCGAACUCGAGAUAAACUAGAUCGUGGCAAGAUAUUAGGGAUCUACACUGGAGUGCUGCGGCCACCUGCCCAAGAUGAUGACGAUGAGGUGGAUGGCAGCAUCGGCAACGACUACUCGUUCGCUCUCGAUGGUGGACAUGUUGAGAGUGACGCCGACCACGCCUGGUCUGUGAACUCAUAUCGGGCUGGUAACUGGACGCGUUUCGUGAAUCACUCUUGCGACCCUAACAUGCGCACCUACUCUCGUGUGAUGGGAGAGUACACGAAGCCAGCUUCAGACGGUCAGGAGCUCUAUUACAUCGUCUUCGUCGCGAAGCAAGAUAUACCUCCGCAUACUGAAUUGACGCUUGAUUAUCGUCCUGGCACUCGCGGUGGACGGGGUACUGGACGUCAGCGAUGCCUUUGCGGUGCGCGAAACUGCCGCAAGCGGCUCUACACUGUAUGA